AUGGCGGAAGCCCGGUCCAGACUAGACUGCCGGGUCUAUUCCGAGGCCGAGCCCAGUUACCAGGGCCGGGAGUUCGCCGCCGAGCCCGUUGCCCCGAGGGACGAUGCCGAGUUCGUCGCCGAGCGGCUCGCGCACAGGGGAGACGAUGGCGUCGUCGACGAAGGGUACGACACCAAGGUGAAGAUCUCGGAGGCGCUGGAGGCGGCGGCGAGGGCCGUCGGGGGCGACCCCGUGGAGCGGUCGGACGCGGCGGCGAUACGCGCUGCGGAGGCGCGCGCCGUCGGCGCGCCCAUCCCCGGCGGGGUCGCCGAGCAGGCUCAGGCGGCGGCGGACGCCAACGCCGGGGCCGAGCGCGAGGAGGACAAGGUCACCAUCGCCGACGUCGUCGCGUGGAACGCGACGGCGAAGCUGCCGACGGACAAGGCGGUGACGGAGGAGGACGCGGCAGCCGUGGCGGAGGCGGAGGCGGCGCACGGCGCACCGGAUGGCGCUGCGGCGAGGGGCAAGCCGUACGGGGUGGGCGAGGCGCUUGCGGCGGCGGCGAGGCACAACCAAGAGGACGUGCUCGUCGGCAAAACCAUUACGGACUGUUCCUGAAUCCUGAUGGACCAUUCGGAGGAUCA